CACGCCGCUGCCGGCCAUCCGGAUUUCGUCCGAGAGCUCCUCAACCGUAUGCCGAAGCUCGCCGAAAAAGUGAACGCGGGUGGUUUUAGCCCGCUGCACAUUGCAGCAGCUCGAGGUAAUGUUGAGGUCGCGAGGGAGCUCUUGACAGUGGGUCCACACCUGUGCUUUGUGAAGGGACGGGAGAGUAGAAUCCCUUUGCAUUAUGCCGCCAUAAAAGGGGAGCUCGAUGUCAUGAAUUUAUUACUCUCCGCUUCGCAUGAAUCCAUCGAAGAGACAACUGCUCGACAGGAGACUGUGCUUCACCUCGCCGUGAAAAACAACCGGUUCGAAGCAGUGGUUAGGUUGGUGGAGCAUCUGAAGCUGCACAAGAAGGAGAAGGUGAUCAAUUGGAAGGACCACAAAGGUGACACUGCCUUGCAUCUCGCUGCUGCCGGCAAAAAUUUCGAGGUGAUUAGCUUGCUGCUUUGUGGGCAUGCUGUGAAGUCCGACGUUGUGGAGGUGAACCCCUUGAACGACAGUGGUUCAACGCCCCUAGAUGUCUUGACUCUCUCGCGAAGGGGAGCAGGAGAUAGAGAAAUCAGAGAAAUCCUUGUGCGAGCUGGAGCUCUACGUGGAAGUGGAAGAUCAAACUCGCGCGCUUCAAGACCAGUCUUGGUGGACGAUGACGAUAUCGAGGGAGGUAACGGUCAUCAAUCAGAUGGGGACCCAGGCCCAAAUGCUCAGUCAUCAUCACGUUCAAAAGGCGAUAUACUCAACGCCCUACUAGUCGUCGCCACGCUCAUCGCCAAUGCGACCUACCAAUCCGUGCUUCAGCCUCCAAGCAUUGUAGAAAAGGACAAGGUCGAAAUUAUUGGGAGGCAACUCAUCGGGGGAUCCCAGAAUAGUACUUCCACGGAGGAUAUAAGUUAUAGCGCGGGCCUAGUGUACAUCCUUUUCCUGGGCGGCAACUCAUUCGGAUUCUUGGUGUCAGUCCAAAUGAUCAUUUACCUCACUAAAAAGUUCCCCCUCAAGUGGCCGCUUAGGCUAUCCAUCAUCGCAAUGGUUCUAACUUACUUUUGCUUCACGUUAUCCCUGCUGAUCACAUCAACGGAUGGUAAGGCAACCGCGACUGUGCUGAACGUGCUGCCUCUUAUGAUAGCAGUUUUUCUCCUACUGAUACAGAAUUGGCUGGCGAUAGUCUUGGAUUUUUUCUUGCAUCAGCUUUUUCGAAUGAAGAUCUUUGGCGAUCUGUACAAAUUUUGAGGUGGUGGACUAGAGUCGUAGUUGUAAACGAGUCAUGGUUGUAAAUGAUGAUGGCAUCUCAAGCAUUUAGUAGUAGAGUAUUGGAGUUGUUUGAUGAGGUCAGCUAUUAGAUUUAUGUCCCUGAUUCUCUGUAGUCGAGUGUGAUGUCUGCAAGUGAUCCGCUGUAUUGUAUCUCCCUAAUAAAUUGUGUUGUCAGUUUAUAUGACAUUUGUAA